GGGGAGAAACCAUUUAAAUGUAUAGAGUGUGCAAAGAGGUUUAGUGAUAAUGGAAGCCUUAGAAAACAUCAACGGACUCACACAGCGGAGAAACCAUAUAGAUGUAUAGAGUGUGGAAAGAGCUUUAUUGAUAAUGGUAGCCUUAGAAAACAUCAGCGGACUCACACAGGGGAGAAACCAUAUAAAUGUAUGGAGUGUGGAAAGUGUUUCAGUGAUAAUGGAAGCCUUAGAAAACAUCAGCGGACUCACACAGGGGAGAAACCAUAUAAAUGUAUGGUGUGUGGAAAGAGCUUUAGUGUUAAUGGAAGCCUUAGAACACAUCAACCGACUCACACCGGGGAGAAACCAUUUAAAUGUAUGGAGUGUGGAAAGUGUUUCAGUGAUAAUGGAAGCCUUAGAAAACAUCAGCGGACUCACACAGGGGAGAAACCAUAUAAAUGUAUAGAGUGUGGAAAGAGCUUUAGUGAUAAUGGUAGCCUUAGAAUACAUCAACGGACUCACACAGGGGAGAAGCCAUAUAAAUGUAUGGAGUGUGGAAAGUGUUUCAGUGAUAAUGGAAGCCUUAGAAAACAUCAACGGACUCACACAGGGGAGAAACCAUUUCAAUGUAUGGAGUGUGGAAAGUGUUUCACUGACCCCAAGCACCUAGCCUUACAUCAACAGAAUAGGACGGGGGAGAAACCAUAUAAAUGUAUGGAGUGUGGAAAGAGCUUCAGUCAGAGUGGACACCUCAAUAUACAUCAACGGAUUCACACAGAGGAGAAACCGUAUAAAUGUAUGGAGUGUGGCAAAAGCUUUAGUGAAAAUGCAAAACUUAGAAGACAUCAACGGACUCACACAGGGGAGAAACCAUUUACAUGUAUGGAGUGUGGAAAGUGCUUCAGUCAGAGUGGACACCUCAAUAUACAUCAACAGACUCACACAGGGGAGAAACCAUUUAAAUGUAUGGAGUGUGGAAAGAGCUUCUGUUUAAAUGCAAACCUUAGAACACAUCAACGGAUUCACACAGGGGAGAAACCAUAUAAAUGUAUGGAGUGUGGAAAGAGCUUUAGUGAUAAUGGACAACUUAGAAAACAUCAACGGACUCACACAGGGGAGAAACCAUUUAAAUGUAUGGAAUGUGGAAAGAGUUUCAGUCGGAGUGGACACCUCAAUAUACAUCAACAGACACACACAGGAGAGAAACCAUUUAAAUGUAUGCAGUGUGGAAAGAGCUUUAGUGAUAAUGGAAAACUUAGAACACAUCAAUGGACUCACACCGGGGAGAAACCAUUUAAAUGUAUGAAGUGUGGAAAGUGCUUCAGUGAGAAUGGAAGCCUUAGAACACAUCAACUGACUCACACCGGGGAGAAACCAUUUAAAUGUAUGGAGUGUGGAAAGUGCUUCAGUGAGAAUGGAAGCCUUAGAAGACAUCAACGGACUCACACCGGGGAGAAACCAUUUAAAUGUAUGGAAUGUGGAAAGAGU